AUGGUGAGCAUAUGGGUGCAAAACGGGAUGUCAAGGGGGGCAGCGGGAGGUAGGGUUUGGGUGGACGACAUGGGGAGAAUGUGGGGCCAGAAGUGGAUGUCAAGGCGGGCAGCUGGAGGAAGGUCCACUAACCCCUCCUCUCGUCUUUAUGCCCCUCUUCCCCUCUCUCAGCGCAUCUUUCCCUUCCUCAGCCCAUCGUUCCCUCUCUCGGCCCCUCUUUCCCUCUCUCGGCCCCUCUUUCCCUCUCCCGGCCCCUCUUUCCGUCUCUCGGCCCCUCUUUCUCUCUCUCGGCCCCUCUUUCCCUCGCUCUGCCCCUGUUUCCCUCACUUUGCCCCCCUUUUCUUAUCUUUGCCCAUCUUCCCCCUUUCUCAGCCCCCUAUUUCCCACACAUGGCCCCUUAAUCCCUCACUCGACCCCUUCAGCCAUCUCAUUGUCCCUUCAGCCAUCACACUAGACUUACUCGCAGGAGACCUCCUCCAUGCGCUCAAGCGUGGCAUCAGUGUGAUACUCAGCCCGGAUAAACUCCUUGUACCAUUCCGACAUGAGAGUGAUGGCAUGGCGAAUAUCGGCGCGCUUGGGGAGGUCGAUGAUGAGGGGCAGCACUUGCAUCAUGGCACGAUCUUCCCCAAUUUCCCUCUCAAUGCCCCACUUGCCCUCUCUCAGCCGCAAUCUCCCUUUCUCUCUGCCCAAACUUACCCUCUUGCCUUCUCUGCCCCUCCUGCCUGCUCUCUGCCCAGCAAUCACUUCUCGCUGCCCCUCCUUCCAUCUCUCUGCCCCUCCCUCCCUGUCUCUGUCCCGAAUCCCUCUUUCUGCACCACUUCCCCCUCUCUCCACCCCGCAUUCCUCCCUAGCUCUCCUCUUUCCCUCUCUCUACCUGCCAUUCCUCCUUAG